UCAUGGUUAGGGUAUCAUCUCCUUAGUGAGAACAGGCUCAGUAAAGGGCUUGGUUGCUAAGCCCCUCCAGAGGGAGAACAGGCUGGCUUCCCAUGCCUUUUUUUUCUGAUCAUUCACACCGUCCGGCUGGUUUGAUUAUUUCAUUGGCUCAUUUAGUCACGUUGGUUCAGAGAUAUCUGUUAUGGGCUAUCUAAAUCUUAGAGACUCUUUGCUUCUACUGCUCUGUCUACAUCUGCUACUACCCAUCCCAUUGGCUACAUCAGAUGUAGCCUCUGAGAAGCAAGCUCUCCUUGCUUUUUCCUCUGCAGUCUACGGUGGCAACAAGCUCAACUGGGAUCAAAACAUUUCGCUAUGCUCAUGGCAUGGUGUAAUAUGCACAGCGGAUCGAUCACAUGUAUCUGCCCUUAGGGUACCAGCUGCUGGGUUGAUUGGUAUCAUUCCUCCAAAUACUCUUGGCAAGCUUGUCUCCCUCCAGGUGCUAAGCCUGAGGUCUAAUCGAUUGAGUGGAAGUCUUCCAUCUGAUAUCACUUCACUUCCUUCUUUACGUUCCAUAUUUCUUCAGCAUAAUGAGCUGUCAGGAGAUUUGCCUUCCUUUUUUUCUCCAAGCCUUAUUACCCUUGACCUUUCCUUCAAUUCCUACACAGGGCAAAUGCCUACAAGCUUGCAAAAUCUUACUCAACUAUCUAUACUGAAUUUAGCAGAAAAUUCUUUGUCUGGACCUAUCCCUGAUCUCAAACUUCCAAGGUUAAGACAAUUAAACUUGAGCAACAACGAGCUGAAUGGCUCAAUUCCUCCCUUCCUCCAAGUAUUCUCAAAUAGUUCAUUCUUGGGGAACCCUGGAUUGUGUGGGCCUCCUCUAGCCGAAUGUUCUGUUCUUCCUUCGCUGACACCCUCAGGGCAACCCUCAAUACCACCAUCACAAACAUUACAACAUGGGAAGAAAGUGGCUACUGGUUAUAUAAUUGCAGCUGCUGUUGGGGGCUUUGCUGUACUUCUGCUAGCUGCGGUGGUGUUCACUGUGUGCUUUCCAAAGAGGAAGGAGAAUAAAGAAAAGGGAGUGGAUUACAAUGGUAAGGGGGCUGAUGGUGCAAGGAUUGAGAAGCGUAAAGGGGAUGUUAGCAGCGGUGUCCAAAUGGCUGAGAAGAACAAGUUGGUUUUCUUGGAGGGAUGCAGUUACAACUUUGACUUGGAAGACUUAUUAAGAGCUUCUGCAGAAGUCCUUGGGAAGGGGAGCUAUGGAACCGCAUACAAAGCUCUACUUGAGGAUGGCACUAUUGUGGUUGUCAAGAGGCUGAAGGAUGUUGUGGCUGGGAAGAAAGAAUUUGAGCAGCAGAUGGAGCUUAUUGGGAGGGUAGGCAAACAUGCAAACCUCGUGACUCUCCGUGCUUACUACUACUCAAAGGAUGAAAAGCUUGUUGUUUAUGAGUAUGUUACUGCUGGCAGCUUUUCAGCCAUGUUACAUGGUAUCAAAGGUAUUGUCGAGAAGACCCCAAUAGACUGGAAUACCAGGAUGAAGAUUAUACUUGGAACAGCACAUGGUAUUGCACACAUUCAUGCAGAAGGCGGUUCUAAGCUUGCUCAUGGCAACAUCAAGUCCACCAACGUCCUCCUUGAUCAAGACCACAACCCGUAUGUCUCAGACUAUGGGAUGAGCAGCCUGAUGAGUCUCCCGGUCAACACCUCCCGCGUUGUUGUCGGCUACCGUGCUCCAGAGACCUAUGAAUCCAGAAAAUUUACCCAUAAGUCUGAUGUAUACAGCUUUGGUGUUCUCCUCAUGGAGAUGCUGACCGGAAAAGCCCCCCUCCAGUCACAGGGACAGGAAGAUGUCGUUGAUCUACCCAGGUGGGUGCACUCCGUGGUCCGAGAGGAGUGGACCGCAGAAGUGUUCGAUGUUGCACUGAUGAAGUACCACAACAUAGAGGAUGAGCUGGUUCAGAUGCUCCAGCUGGCGAUGGCGUGCACGUCGCGGUCCCCAGACCGUCGCCCGACGAUGGCAGAGGUGAUCAGGAUGAUCGAGGACCUCCGGCAUUUCACUGCCCCGGAGAGCCGUGCCUCUUCCAAUGACAACCCCAGGGAUUCCAAUCCUCCAUCGGCGUAAUGCUGGCAAGUUGUUUGUUUGGUCACCUGCAAGUUGCUGCCAAUCCAUAGAUUUAUGCUAGUGUGUGAUCCUAAGUUCGUCUCGAAGCUCAAGCACUGGCAUGUAUUCCGUGAACAAGUUGUAUCCUUACAACUGUAGCAUAAUCCAGUAUGUGCCAAGUUAAUUGGUAGGUUGUUUAACAUGUAUCCUAAAUAUUGCCUGCUCGUGAGAUUUCUAAUUCGGUGAUCAAAAAUUGUUGCAAUACAAUUAUCUUCUAGUAAGAUUUUGUUGUUAGAAUUCCCCGCAAAAAAGGGAUUUAGUUGUUAGAGUUACUACUGUUUAUGGCUCUCCUUACGAGGAGGGGAAGCAACCUUUUAUUUCUGGAUUGUAUGAUUUGUUCUAAACUGGGAUGGCCCUUUUAA